CUCCCCACUUUUCUAGACUGUUCCACUACCAUAGCAUCUGUGGCCAUGGGGGAGAUGAGCGACAGCAUGUCUCUGAGCUCCGGCGACUUUCCGCCUCCACCAUCAUCGGCGAUCGAAGCUAAGAGAUCAGCGAAGAGAAGGAAAAGGAUCGUUUACGAAGACGAAGACGAAGACGAAGAAGAAGUAAACCAAGUUUCAUUGCCGCCGAACAGCAACGACGAAGAAUUAAACAACGACGACGACGGAGAUGAUGAAGAAGUUAGACAGGACACGAAGACAAUCGGAAAUGUCGUUAGGGUUUCUGGUGAAGGAGAAUCGAAAAGGAACCAUUUCAAAGGGUUCGAAGCUGAUGGCGUCUCUUACGAACUCGAAGAUACUGUUCUUGUAAGUCCGGAAGAACUUAACAUCUACAUGAAGCCCUCCGUAACUAUAAUUAAGGAUAUCAGUGAAACUGUAGAUGGGAGGAUUAUGGUGAAUGGGCGGAAAUUUUAUCGGCCGGAGUUUGCAGAAGAGGAAAACGGGGGAAAAUGGGAAUCGAGGGGAGAAAGAGAAUUAUUUUAUAGUUUUGAAGAGAUUGAGUUUGCAGCUGAAUCAGUUAUGCAUAAAUGUCGUGUGCAUUUUGUUCCACCAAACAAAACGAUCCCGAAUGUUCGAGAAUAUCCUGGUUUUUUUGUUGAGAAGGCUUACGAUGCAAAAUCAAAGAGACUGUGUGGGAUACUUGAUGUAGGGCAUGGAGAUAGUAGACAACUUGAACUUUUUGUGCUUGUUCAAAAAACAAUCGAUCGGAUCCCUAAUUGGCCUAUCAAGUCGUAAGUCACAUAUCUUACUUUCGGUUAAAUAGAAAUACUACAUGAAUAUAACUUUUUCAAUAUAGAUAUUGCGAAUAUAUUUGUAAUUCUAAAUUUUUCCCUCGACAUCUUUCAAAAAUUCAAUAUUUGUUUUAAAUUUUAUAUGCAAUCUAUGCGCAAA